AUGGCGGACAUCACAGAGCGGCGGGGAACGGAGGAGACUGGUGCCGCGGGACUCAGGGCUGUGGGCAGCAAAGCAGACAACCCUCGGUUGUCUGUGGGGACCCCCUUCCGCGGCACAAAGCAUUCCUUCCGAAUGGAGAACAGCGAGAAUAUGUCUAUUCAUUUUACAGAUUUUAUUUUGCUCGGAUUUUCUGAUGUUGAGUGGCAAUGUCUGCCUGGAAUUAUUCUGAUCAUGUACUUUUUAUCUGUCACUGGAAACAUGAUCAUAAUAUUCGUGGUCUGUACUGACAGGCAUCUCAGCAGUCCAAUGUAUUUCUUUAUUGCCAACUUAUCUUUUAUUGAAAUUCUGUACACAUCUGUCACAAUACCUAAACUUUUAGUUGUCCUCAUUGGGAACAACAGAAUAAUUUCAUUCAAUGGCUGCAUCACCCAGUUUUAUUUUUUUUUCUGUUUUGGCUCAACAGAGUGUUUUCUUCUGGCAGUUAUGUCUUAUGACCGUUAUACUGCAAUCUGCAACCCCUUGCUCUAUAACAUAAUUAUGAGCCAACCUGUGUGUUUUUAUCUAGUUUUGGCUUGUUGGAUGAGCAGUUUUUUUCCAAACUUAAUAGCCACUCUCAUAAUUGCAAAUUUAAAGUUCUGUGGACAAAAUAUUCACCAUUUCUUUUGUGACCUUUUUCCACUUUUGCAGUUAUCAUGUUAUAACACGAACAAACUGCAGACUUUAAAUUUUUUCACUGCUUCCACUAUUCUUUUGUUUUCUUUCUCUUUAACGCUCUGGACCUACAUCCGUAUUAUAAUGACCAUAUUAAAAACAUCUUCCAUUAAUUCUAGGUUUAAAGCUUUUUCAACUUGUGCUUCUCAUCUUACAGUUGUUCUCAUAUUCUUUGGAACAGUGGCUUUUGUUUAUCUUAGGCCACGCGUUAGUGGAGACUUUAAUCUAAAUAAAGUUCAGUCUGUUAUUUAUAUAGUAGUGACACCAGUGAUAAACCCUCUUAUUUAUAGUUUCCGUAACAAAUAUAUAAAGAUGGCAAUAAAGUCGUGCUGGAAAAAUAUUGUAAUAUUUGUAAAAUAA